AUGGAAUACCUGCAUCAAGGCUGCAACCAGCGCAUUCUCCACUUUGACAUCAAGCCGCAUAACAUCUUGCUAGGCUACAACUUCAAUCCAAAGAUCUCAGACUUUGGACUCGCAAAGCUGUAUGCAAGGGACCAGAGCAUUGUUACCUUGACUGCAGCCAGAAGCACAAUGGGAUACAUCGCACCAGAGCUAUACUCUCGGAACUUUGGAGGGGUUUCAUACAAGUCAGAUGUAUAUAGUUUUGGCAUGCUGGUGUUGGAAAUGGUGAGUGGAAGGAGGAACUCAGACCCAAGUGUUGAGAACCAGGCCGAAGUUUAUCUCUCGGAGUGGAUCUACGAGAAAGUAAUCAAUGGGAAAGAAUGGGAGCUUACUUUGGAAAUGACAGCAGAAGACAAGGAGAAGAUGAGACAGCUGACUAUUGUGGCACUGUGGUGCAUCCAAUGGAACCCGAAGAAUCGACCAUCAAUGACAAAGGUGGUAAACAUGUUAACUGGGAGGUUGCAGAACCUUGUGUAUCAUUACACGUUUGAGGGAACAUAA